AUGCCUCACUUGCGCAGACAACCAAAUCCACGCGACCUAAGACCCAACCAAGAGGGCAAUGCCUCAGGAAAUCUUCGAGCACAAUUCCAGACCCCGCCAACGCGUCACACUCCCACCAACCCAACCCAUCACCACCUACCCCCCUCCACCGGUCCAAAUGCUGUCACGCCCGACCAAGUUGCUGUGGCGGGACAUCCAGCGGCACCCAUAAAUCCCUUUACCAUAUUUGGAAGACCAAGGGUAGAGCAACGACCACCGCAAAUGAUGGAUGACGACGAUUUUGACGAUGAUUUCGACCCACGCAGGCAAAGCAUGCAAGAGCUUGGGAACGACGGGCCACUCGACUACGACGAUUCCUUCGAUGAUGGUCAGGCUAUGGAAGGGCAAUUUGAUGACUCCGACAUUGAUGGCGAGGAACUGGAGGAAGAAGUCGAGGACCAAUUCGAAGACGAAGAAGACCCCGACCACGAAAUGCACGAUCGAGACAAAUCACCCUCCCCCUUACCAGCCAACUUGCGCGAAAUCUCAUCACUCGCUUCCUGGACCGUCUCCACCUCUAAGCCAGGCUGCGGCGUCGCGGCCCUCCGUAAUCCUUCCCCGGCACAAUACUGGCAAUCAGACGGACCACAACCGCACACCUUGACCCUCCACUUCUUCAAACUGGUAGCUGUCGUGCGCAUCCGCGUGUAUCUCGAUUUCGAGCUCGACGAAAGCUACACGCCCACGAAGAUGGUUUUCGCAGCCGGAAUGGGCGGCAACGACCUCGUCGAGUUCGCUACUUGGGAAGGCGACGGUCCAUGCGGCUGGGUCGACGUACCACUGGAGGGCGUCGGUGGUAGAAACGGUGGGUGGGUGCGCAAUGAGACUGGCAAGUCGAAACGCCGAUCCACGAGUAUGCGUCGACGGACAAUUGUGUACCGGAACUGUGAUGACCCUGACCAUGAGCAUGAUGAUGAGUGUGAUCCAUUCUAUGAGGUUGACGAACCUGAUAGCCAGGAUGAUGAGGAUGAUCCCUAUUCUGGGAAUGUACUCAAGGCUAUGGUUAUCCAGAUGCGUAUCAUGGAGAAUCAUCAGAAUGGCAAGGAUACUCAUGUUCGUGGGUUCCAGGUGUUUGCUUGUGAUGAUAGUCGUCGGAUGACAGCCGCUCCGUCAGCUUCUGCUGAUGCGCGCCGCCGUCGUCCGUCCCUGCGUGGAGCUCAUGAUCUUCGCGGACGUACUGCAAGUGAAGAUGCUGAUACUAGAUUUACCGCCACCGGUCUAGACGAGCCAGAUUGGAUGGGUGAGCCAGUGAUUCGAUGA